AUGUCAAAGAACGCUAUUGGUAUCGAUCUUGGAACUACGUACUCCUGCGUGGGUGUGUUCAUGCAUGGCAAAGUAGAAAUCAUUGCUAACGAUCAAGGUAACCGAACAACACCAUCGUAUGUAGCAUUUACGGAUACUGAGCGUCUCAUUGGUGAUGCAGCCAAAAAUCAAGUUGCAAUGAAUCCACAUAACACUGUUUUCGAUGCGAAGCGACUGAUUGGUCGUAAGUUUGAUGACGGGUCAGUGCAAUCAGAUAUGAAACACUGGCCAUUUAAAGUAGUGAAUGCUGGUGGUGGUAAACCAAAAGUGCAGGUUGAAUACAAGGGAGAGACGAAAACCUUCACACCAGAAGAAAUUUCGUCGAUGGUUUUGGUCAAAAUGAAGGAGACGGCUGAAGCUUUUCUGGGUCAUGCGGUGAAAGAUGCUGUUAUCACAGUCCCCGCCUACUUUAACGACUCACAACGACAAGCAACUAAAGAUUCUGGUGCAAUUGCUGGUCUAAACGUCCUUCGUAUUAUCAACGAACCAACAGCUGCUGCUAUUGCUUAUGGUUUGGACAAGAAGGGCCAUGGUGAACGCAAUGUACUUAUCUUUGACCUUGGUGGUGGUACUUUUGAUGUGUCUAUCCUAACCAUCGAGGAUGGUAUUUUCGAAGUCAAGUCUACUGCUGGCGACACUCAUCUUGGAGGCGAAGACUUUGAUAAUCGCAUGGUCAAUCAUUUUGUUGCGGAAUUCAAGCGUAAACACAAGAAAGAUCUUGCUACUAACCCACGUGCGCUUCGUCGUUUACGUACUGCAUGCGAAAGGGCGAAACGAACACUCUCUAGUUCAUCUCAAGCAAGUAUUGAGAUUGAUUCGUUGUUCGAGGGGAUUGACUUCUACACAAAUAUUACGCGUGCUCGCUUUGAAGAACUUUGUGCUGAUCUUUUCCGCUCAACAAUGGAUCCGGUUGAAAAAGCAUUACGUGAUGCUAAAAUGGAUAAAGCUCAAGUUCAUGAUAUUGUGUUAGUGGGUGGGUCGACACGUAUCCCAAAAGUGCAGAAGCUCCUGUCAGAUUUCUUUUCUGGUAAAGAAUUGAAUAAAAGCAUCAAUCCAGAUGAGGCCGUGGCAUACGGUGCAGCAGUGCAAGCAGCUAUUCUUUCUGGUGAUAAGUCGGAAGCCGUACAAGAUUUGUUACUGCUUGACGUCGCACCACUUUCACUUGGUAUAGAAACAGCUGGGGGCGUUAUGACUGCUCUUAUCAAGCGGAACACUACUAUUCCUACGAAAACUUCUCAAACUUUCACGACUUACUCCGACAACCAGCCUGGAGUCCUCAUUCAGGUUUACGAAGGAGAACGUGCUAUGACCAAAGACAAUAAUUUGCUUGGUAAAUUCGAGUUGUCUGGAAUUCCACCUGCUCCUCGUGGUGUGCCUCAAAUUGAAGUCACAUUUGAUAUUGAUGCGAACGGUAUCCUGAAUGUUUCUGCACAGGAUAAAUCCACAGGCAAACAAAACAAGAUAACAAUUACAAAUGAUAAAGGGCGUUUGUCGAAGGAUGAGAUCGAGCGGAUGGUGCAGGAGGCCGAGAAGUACAAAGCAGAUGAUGAAGCACAGAAAGAUCGUAUUGCAGCGAAGAAUGCUCUCGAGUCAUAUGCAUUCAAUAUGAAGCAAACAGUCGAGGACGAGAAGUUGAAGGAUAAGAUUUCUGAAGAGGAUAAGAAAAAGAUUCAAGAGAAAUGCGACGAAACAGUUAGGUGGUUGGAUCGUAACCAGACAGCUGAAAAAGAUGAGUUUGAGCACCGACAAAAGGAAUUGGAGUCUGUUUGCAAUCCGAUCAUUACAAAACUCUAUCAGAGUGCUGGUGGUAUGCCUGGAGGUAAGUUGAUUGAAUGAUUUGUUGGUUGGGAUUAGUGAUCUUCGGUGCCUGUGUUGCAUUACUUACCUCUCAUUUGCGUAAUUUGAUAGAACUCUAUCAACUGCUUGUUGCAGUACUAAUUUCGUUUGGUAUGAAAUGUACAGGGCGGUAUGAGCUAAUCAGCAAUCAGUAGGAAUUAUCUAAUGGCGGGGAUUUUUUCAGGAAUGCCUGGUGGCAUGCCGGGUGGAGCUCCAGGUGGAGCUUCGACGGGCGGUGGACCAACAAUUGAAGAAGUUGAUUAGAUGAUUUGUCGAUCGGAAUUAACGAUCUCGUCUUUGCUGCAUGUAUUACCUCUCGUUACCUGUUUCUGAUGUUAUGAAAUUCAAAUUAUUGAGUUCUUUGCAAUCUCAUGUUACUUGAGACGUGGUCGAGAUAGGUUGUACUUGAAGUUAUCCAUAUUGAUGUGCUUGUUAUUGUUUUCUUUUUUGAUUUGUAAGUAAAACUUAAGUUAUGGUGCGUAUAGAUGAAAAUAUCAUAAGUGGUGCUAAAGGAGCGAGCACGGUGACUCCGCGUCUU